GUCGCAGAACACAUGUUAUCUCUCUCUGCUCGAGCUAUAAAGUUCAUGAUAGCAAUGCAUGGGGAUAAUCAUGGCCUUACCAUUCCUCCAGGUGUAGUAAAGACCCAGGUCCUUCUUGUUGUUGCACAGUGGCGUCGUUCAGUUGAAGAAAGCCAGAAUCUUCACGUGCAGGUUGAGAGUUUCUUUUUUGCUGGGUCCAAAGAUGCAGACCGAGCAAUGCUCAUCGGUCUUCGUAACUUAUAAUCCGUGACCUUGAUUUCCAUGACCUGAGUCUUUGCCAGCUGUUGAUUCUGACCGUGUAGUAUCCGGUACUAUUCUGAACAAUGUUCUAUACAAUGGACUGAAAGGAAAGCUAAGACUGGAGCUAAUCUCCUAGCUGGGAGACAUCAGCAGUCUAGAG